AUGGCUGAGGAGGACCAAGGUGUCAAAACGAUGAGGAGCACUUUACUUGCCGCUUUGCAGAGGCGCUUCACUGACUCAGAGCAAAACCCUGGCAUGGCAACUUUACUUGAUUCAAGGUAUAAGGAGCAAUUAUUUUCUAAUACAGAGAAUGUCAGGCAUAUGAAAGAAAUGUUAAUGCUCAAACUGCAGAAAAACUCUGAGGAAACCCCGACCUCUAAGAUGCACAGGGAACCAUCUGCCAAAAGACCUCGUAGUGACCAGCCAAGUACAAGUCUGGACAGUGUCUUUGCACAAAUUGCUGGAAGAGGAGUUCGGUUGUAUUACAUUGGUGGAGAAGUAUUUGCAGAGUGCCUCAGCGAUAGUGCGAUUUUUGUCCAGAGUCCAAACUGUAAUCAGCGGUAUGGAUGGCAUCCAGCGACUGUGUGUAAGAUUCCUCCAGGCUGUAACCUGACGAUCUUCAAUAAUCAAGAGUUUGCUGCCCUCCUUGCUCAGUCAGUAAACCAGGGAUUUGAAGCAGUUUACCAAUUAACCAGAAUGUGCACCAUCAGAAUGAGCUUUGUGAAAGGCUGGGGUGCCGAAUACAGGCGGCAGACAGUCACAAGCACUCCAUGUUGGAUUGAGCUUCAUCUAAACAGACCUUUACAAUGGCUGGACAAAGUGUUGACUCAAAUGGGCUCUCCUUCAGUCCGCUGCUCCAGCAUGUCCUAAUGGGGCUUCUAUCUUUAUUUUUUAACCCCCUUGUACGACCUGUGGGUUCAAUACGAAGUCUUGGCAACAGACUUAAUUCAGCUCGUCUGUCCAUUAGUAUUUGUGUGUGGUCCCCAGGAACUGUUUACAAAUCCAAAA